AUGAGUUUGCACCAUCACAAUGAAGAGAGCUUGGCCAUCGACGAUGCCGAGAAUCCGCUCCAGUUGCUGGCGCGCGCCUCCAACCUGCAGCUGUCACCGAAGCCCAUCACCGGCCUUUCACCGAAGCAGCCCGGCCCUCGUGUCAGUCGCAAGAAGCAACAGCAGCAGCAACAGGUUGACCAGCCCGAAGAGGAUCUAGAGAUGCAGUCAUUCUUCACCUCCGUCCGCGUCAACCUCGACGUUGGCGACGACAUCGACCCAAUCACCAUGGGUCUUGUGACCGAAGAAGAGGCAGAAUCGCUAUUCGUAUUCAAGCUUGCUCAUACCCGCUGGGGUCUUGACCCAAAGAUUUACACGCCCGGGUUCACUCGAGCUCGAUCUGCCUUCCUCUGCACCUCCAUCAUGGCAGCGUCUGCUCUGUUCCUCCCCUCCGCCGGAGCAUUGUCCAAGAGACUUUCGAACCACUGCAAGACCUUGGGUCAACGAGUUCUCAUCAAGCGUCACAAGUCUGUCGAAAUCGUUCUCGCCUUCAUGGUCAACGUCCCGUGGAUGUUCCCGGGACAGCAUAGUACCGACGACGAGACGUGCUGGUAUGUCAACAUGGCCGCCACCAUUGCCAUCGACCUAUCUCUUCACAAGCUCUUGGUACCAAUGGAGAUUCUCGGCUCCGGUUCGAACAUGGCAUUGACUCGCGGCGAAUGUCUCGAUCCUCGCACCGCUCUUGCAAUGGAUGGCUUCAGCCAGAUUGAACACACGUCCGAUCUAGGCCAACGACUUCUCCGGCGCCGCGAGCGUUGCUGGAUUGCCUUGUUCGUUCUUGAGAGAGGCAUGUCGCUAGCACGCGGCCGCCCUUACACUGUUCCGAUUACUCGAAUCAUCAAGGACUGCGAUCAAUGGCACAGAUCCAGUAUCGCAGACCCCAUGGAUGGCCACCUUGUAUCGAUGGCCGUACUCCGACGAGACCUCGACGGCUUGCUCGCUACAGUCCGCGCCUUGUGUGAUGGAUCGCAAGGCAUAUCCACUGAUGGUGGGCUCAUCGCGCAGUCCAUUCAGAGCGCCAUCGAGAGAUUCUUCGACCAAUGGCUUACUGAAUGGGGCUUCUCCAUCGGCACUGGCCCGCAGCGUCGUUUGCCCCCUUAUGUCGAAAUCCUCGUCACCCAUACCCGGCUGUCGACCUAUGGAGGCGUCAUCAAUCAUCCGACGGCCCCCAUGGAAGUCCGACAGUUCUUCCGCACGGCCGGCCUAUCAUCCGCCGUAACGGUAAUGCGCGCAGCCAUCCAGGGAGAGGCUCAGCUGCAGUCAAUCCCCAACAACACUACAAUCAUGGUCUCAUUUGCCGCUUGCUUUGCGCUGACUCUGAGCGCCUAUGCAACAGGCAGCUCGAAUCUAGCGCCGAGUAUCAGGAAUCUCAUCGAAGAGACAGCAGACGUUUUGGAACGCAUUGGAUCAGCCACAAACCACAGAAAUGGUUUGUCUACCUUAUACGGGAAAUAUCUUCGACACAUUGUAAAACAGGCCGCUGUGGCUACAGAUGGUCAACCCCAAGCUGCCAUACAUCACGAGGCAGCCCCUCGGCGCGCCAGUCAACUCAGCACGCCGUCCUCCGCUGUCGCGGCAUCACCUCACAUCAACUCAAUGGGGUUGCCGGUCUCCCAGCCUCCUUACAUGGAGUCCCAGCUAUGGCCAGGGACUCUCCAGUUCUCAACCAUGUCCGACGACCAGAUUGCCGAAGUCCUCAACCAGCCCGGUAACGAGUUCGACCCCUCGUUUGCAGGUUUGUCCUGGGACGAUAUGAACAACUUCGACUGGCUGAGCUGGCCCAAUCUGACGGAAUUUGGUUUCUAA